CUAAUCCUCAAAUCUUAUGUAAAGUAAACCCUAACUCCACAACAGAAACACGCCUCUGCUCUCUCUCAUUCUCUUUCAAAUCUGGUGCCUUCAUCUACAAAAUAUUCCAAAAGGUUCAUCAUCUGUGUUAUUCCCACCGCCAUGGAAUACGAAGAUAGCAGCUACGGUGGGUAUAAGUUGAACCCGUCUCUGAUGAGUUAUUCUUCCUAUGAUCCUGCAUCGCCCAUAGGUUGUAAUAUCUGUUUGAAUCCAAAAUACCGUGCAAACUUCCUUACCCCUUUUGCUAACAAGAUUUUGGAUCAAUUUAAUUCUGAAAAUUCCACUGACUAUGAGCUUGUUGAUUGUGUUGCUCUUGUUAAAUCAACACUUGAAUUUGAUCUUUUUGUUCACUGCAACUUUACUGCCAAGCCCCACAAAUAUCCCUUUGUUGCUGGUGAUUAUUCCACCAAGUUAUUCUAUGCCGAGAUUCGCGGAGAUAUCAAUGGCCAAAUAAAUGCAUCUAAGUAUUCUAUAUUGCAUGGUAUGAAGACCGAGCUUGGCUGUAAGAUGUGCCCAAAUAUAGUUUAUCAUCCCAUCUCUAAAUCUGUGAUUACGAAUAUGGAAGAAGUGCCAAAAAUGAAAGCUGAUAAUGAAUUUUACGCUGAUUUAGACGCCAAAUUGAGGGUCAAACUUACAUGUCAUCUAAUAAGACAUGAAACAUCGAGAGGCGUACAAAUAAUUCAGCCUCCAAUUCAACAAGAAUAUUGUCAGUGUAGUUUUGCUGCAGCUGUUAAGGCUUUAGAUUAUCAACUAAGGCUGUUAUAUUCACUUACACCUAAACCAACCGAAUUAGUCAAUCACAUAGGUGUUUGUCUUUUUGACCAUGUUAAGUGGAGAAGUGACCUUAAAGCAAAAUUUCCUGAAAAAACUCGUUGGAAACCUGCUGACCUUAUAAAAUCAGCAACAAUUGAUGGUGCUCCCCUUUGGAAUGAGUUGAACCAUUGUAUUCAAGAAUGCAUGUUUGCUGACCCCUUAGCCUCUAAAGGAAUGAAGUGGGAGGAUACUAUAAAGAUGUUUUUGAAUACAUGCCCUGUGGUUGGAGUGUUUCAAGUUAGAAAGGAUUAUAAGAUUAAUGGAGAUGGGAUAUACCAUGGUUUGGGGGAUCACAUUGAUGAUAUUCUUUUUUGUUUUGAUGAUAAGGGGAAAAAAGUUUGGGGCAAAGCUUAUCAUGCUGUUGUGCUUUUAGAUUACAUAGAAGUAGACGAUGUAUUGUAUGUAUAUUACCAAAACUCAGAUGGUGAUCCUGAAAAGAGUUUAUGUAAAAAAGGAAUUUCUUUAAUUCGUUCAAAUCUCAUUGUUGAGCUGAUAUACGGAGCAUCCCUUCCUCCAGUACACCCUCCAGCUCUGAUGCAAUCAUAUGAUCUACUUCAAUACCUUAAAAGGGAUGUGGAUAAGGUUGCAAAACUCAUGGAUGAGACGGAUAAAUACAUGGAUAAAAUUAUAGAACUGCGUAAAGCAAUUGAGACGCAUGAGAAAAAUGGUGCAUGGGAAGAUGUAAAAACAAGUUUGAAGGAAUGUGGAAAAUUUAUGGAAGAAAUUGGUACUCAUCGCCAUAGCUUGCAUGGGUUUGCUAAGAAGUACUGUAGUGUGGAGGAUGUUGGGAUGGUAUCUUUUUUGGACGUUAUUGACACACUUAAGCAUUGUAAAAAGUUCUUAAGCUUUACUGAAAGCUUCGAGGAAUUUAUCAACAAACGUACAGCUUUCACUUGAUGGGUUUUCUUAUAUGGCUGAACUUAGCGUGGGCAGAUAUAUAUGUAAAGAUUAACAUAUGUAAAGACCUGAAGAAAACUCAACUUUGAGUCAAGUUUUGAAGUGCUA